AUGAAGCUCAGCCGAUCUCGCGCCUUCAUCGCGUGCACCAGCCUGUUGCUAGCAACCGCUUCAUCGUCGACCAACAUGACGGCUGUCAAAACCUACGACGUUGACUCGUGCACUGGCGCUCCACUCCAAGUCGUGUUCACGCCCACAGAAGACUGCAGCAGCAUCAACCGCAACGCUGAAUGUUCUCUCGAAGCGAAGGACUUGGGUAUCUUUGCCUCGGGUAGUUGCACAGACGAUCCUCGUGCGUUUUCAGCCGCGACAUUUGGUGACUUCCCCUAUGUGGUGGUGGAGCUUCACACUCCCGAUACCAACUGCGCCAAGCUCGAGGGUGUGGCCGCUUACCGCGUCGACAGCGAGUGUCACCCGACGAUUGACACCAGCACCAGCUUCCAAGCGGACUGGGACGGCGUCACACCCUCGUUCAAGCUAUUUGCUGACUCUUUGUGCAGCUCGUUCCCACUGUUCGACUUUGAAUUGGACGUCGACAGCGGCGAGUGCGUCGGCGGCAGCAUGAAGCUCUUUGCUGUGGGCCAAAAAGUCUCCCCCCGCCGCCCUCCCCGUCGCGAUCAUUAUCCAUUCUGCGGAGAAGAAGGUAAUUCAACAAUGGGCAAGGAAAAGGUUCACAUUUCGCUGGUCGUGAUUGGCCACGUCGACGCCGGUAAGUCGACCACCACUGGUCACUUGAUCUACAAGUGCGGUGGUAUCGACAAGCGUACCAUCGAGAAGUUCGAGAAGGAGGCUGCCGAGCUCGGCAAGACCUCGUUCAAGUACGCCUGGGUGCUUGACAACCUGAAGGCCGAGCGUGAGCGUGGUAUCACGAUCGACAUUGCCCUGUGGAAGUUCGAGUCCCCCAAGUACUUCUUCACGGUCAUUGACGCCCCUGGUCACCGUGACUUCAUCAAGAACAUGAUUACGGGUACCUCGCAGGCCGACUGCGCCAUCCUUGUGGUGGCCUCGGGUGUGGGUGAGUUCGAGGCUGGUAUCUCCAAGGAGGGCCAGACCCGUGAGCACGCUCUGCUUGCCUUCACUCUGGGUGUGAAGCAGAUGAUCGUCGCCAUCAACAAGAUGGACGACUCGUCUGUCAUGUACGGCCAGGCCCGUUACGAGGAGAUCAAGAACGAGGUCACCACGUACCUGAAGAAGGUCGGCUACAAGCCCGCCAAGAUCCCGUUCGUGCCCAUCUCUGGCUGGGAGGGUGACAACAUGAUCGACCGCUCCACCAACAUGCCGUGGUACAAGGGCCCCUACCUCCUUGAGGCUCUUGACAACCUGAACCCCCCUAAGCGCCCGGUUGACAAGCCGCUGCGUCUUCCUCUUCAGGAUGUGUACAAGAUCGGCGGUAUUGGCACGGUACCUGUCGGCCGUGUGGAGACCGGUGUCAUCAAGCCUGGCAUGGUCGCCACUUUCGGCCCCGUUGGUCUGUCGACUGAAGUCAAGUCCGUCGAGAUGCACCACGAGUCUCUGCCUGAGGCCGUCCCUGGUGACAACGUCGGCUUCAACGUCAAGAACGUGUCGGUGAAGGAGCUGCGUCGUGGUUACGUCGCCUCGGACUCCAAGAACGACCCGGCCAAGGGCACCCAGGACUUCACCGCCCAGGUGAUUGUGCUGAACCACCCUGGCCAGAUCGGCAACGGCUACUCGCCCGUGCUUGACUGCCACACGGCCCACGUUGCCUGCAAGUUCAAAGAGAUCACGGAGAAGAUGGACCGUCGUUCGGGCAAGGUGCUCGAGACUGCCCCCAAGUUCGUGAAGUCGGGUGAUGCCUGCAUGGUCAUCCUCGAGCCCUCCAAGCCCAUGACCGUCGAGUCGUUCCAGGAGUACCCUCCUCUGGGCCGUUUCGCCGUGCGUGACAUGCGUCAGACGGUUGCCGUCGGUGUCAUCAAGUCGGUGACCAAGAAGGACGCCUCGGCCAAGGGCGCUGCCAAGAAGAAAUAAGCUCAUGACAAGUCGCUUGGUGAUUUUGUCGACGACAUCUGAGUUUUUGGGUCGGCGCUGAUUUCUACAUUCAUUCUUCUCUCCGUGAAAUUGCCGUAGUUUGAUGCACUUUGUGUGGAGAUCGACAGCAGCUUCUGCAGUUUGAAUAACCAACAGAAAAAUAGAAAGGCUUCCUUGCUCUUUUUCCUAAAA